GGCGUUUGGCCGAGGAGUUCUCUAUGGUGGGAAAAAACGCUGGAAAAAGAAGGGUUCAUAAUUGUGUUGUUGUGUUCUCUGCUGCUGGUUCAGCUUCUCCCGAGAACCCCGAGAGAGAAAGAGAAGGAAAAGGAGCGAAGCAGAAGAAGAAACAGAAUAGGAGGAGACUCGAACCGCAGCGCACCUCGGCGCACACUAGCACCCGGUGCCCUCUCCUGUGGUCUGCGCUUCCUCUUCCUCCUCCCUCUCCCCCGUCUCCAUGGAUUCUCUUCCCUUUACCUUUCACCCUCCUUUCAAUAUUCAUGUUUGCUUCGUCUGCACGGAGUCCGAUUUCUGAAAGAGGAACCCAUUCCUUCCUCUUUCUGGGAGACCCCAAGGCAACUCUAGCUUCCCUCUUGGUCCACCUAUCUUCUAGAUUUGCGGAUCCCUUCGAUUUCUAAUCGAAGAAGAGGAGGGGCGGAGAAGAUUACCAAGUUUAAGAUGCUUUGGAUCAUGAGAUUUUCCGGUUUCUUCUCCGCAGCAAUGGUCAUGAUCGUAUUAUCUCCGUCCAUGCAAUCAUUCCCGCCUGCCGAAGCCAUUAGAUCCUCUCAUUUCGAUGGAUACCUUCGGUUUCCCAGCCAGAUUCCUGCUGUCGAUUCCUUGAACCUAUUAUCCUUCAGAAAAGCCUCGGCAUUUCGCAAUGCGGAAGAAUGCGGCUCCGCCGACAUCAGUAUCCCCGGCGAAAAGACCGUUUGCGACCCUUCUCUCGUCCACAUAGCCAUCACGCUUGACGUCGAGUACCUGCGCGGCUCCAUCGCUGCCGUUCAUUCGGUCCUGCAGCAUUCUAUGUGUCCCGAGAACGUUUUCUUCCAUUUCCUCGUAUCGGAGACGAAUCUUGAAACCCUAGUUCGUUCUGCGUUUCCGCAGUUGAAGUUUAAGGUCUAUUAUUUCGAUCCAGAGAUUGUGAAGAACCUGAUCUCGACAUCGGUGAGGCAAGCGCUGGAGCAGCCGCUGAAUUACGCGAGGAAUUACCUUGCGGACAUCCUUGAGCCUUGCGUUCAGCGAGUGAUAUACCUGGAUUCCGAUCUCGUCGUGGUGGAUGAUGUAGCCAAGCUUUGGGCGACGGACCUUGGCUCCAGAACAGUAGGAGCGCCGGAAUACUGCCAUGCCAACUUCACCAAGUAUUUCACGUCGAAAUUUUGGUCGGAAAAGCGUUUCUCGAACGCCUUCACGGGGAGGAGGCCAUGUUACUUCAACACGGGAGUGAUGGUGAUGGAUCUGGUCAGGUGGAGAAGAUUUGGGUACACGAAGAAGAUCGAACGGUGGAUGGAGAUUCAGAAAAAUGGCCGGAUUUACGAACUGGGUUCAUUGCCGCCGUUCCUUCUUGUCUUCGCGGGACACGUGGCGCCGAUCGAACACAGGUGGAACCAGCACGGUCUUGGAGGGGAUAACGUGAAAGGUAGUUGUCGCGAUCUCCAUCCCGGUCCGGUGAGCCUUUUGCACUGGAGCGGGAGCGGCAAACCUUGGCUCAGACUCGACUCGAACCGGCCUUGCCCCCUUGACGCGCUUUGGGCCCCAUACGAUCUCUACGGACCCUCGCCGUGACCUUACGUUCCAAAAUUUUCCACUCAAGACGCCUCACCCACUCUCCCUUCGUACCUUCUGAGCUACGCAUUUUUUUCUUUUUUUCCUUUUUUUUGUGGGGUGGGUUCUUUCUGUUUUUUGAAAACUUUUUCAGGCGAUAUUUGUAUUCUAUUCUAUUAUUCGUGCCUCUGAAAAUAAAGAGAAAAAUGAUACAGGUUAUUCAAAUCCAA